AGGCUCCCGGCUCCAAAUAGGUUAGUCCAGCUACCGCUAGCCCAGCUAGCAAGCUAGCAACAUGAACCCGAGUGCCUUUAGACUACGUCACUCUCGGUUGGAACCAGUGGCCGUAGCAACAGGAACACUAUUCAUGAGUUGCCUUCCUAGACUCCGGCCGAUCAGGAACGUGUGUGUCAGCCGUCGAACACACCGCACGCACGAGCCAAACAACGGUCAGAACCAGAAGACAGCCAAGAGGUCCAGUUUUGCACCUGUUGCUAGCUCCAAGCAUGACUGGAUUGGCCCCCCAGACAGGCUGUCAAAUCUCCGGCCAAUCAUAUACCAUAUCCCUGAAAAUGAGAGUCCACUUGAGAGACGUUUAAGGCACCUCAGACAAGAGACCGAGGACUGGAACCAUCAAUUCUGGUCAAGUCAGAAUGUCACUUUCAGCAAGGAAAAAGAUGAGUUUAUUCAUAGGUUCCUGAAGGCAAACGGCCUAAGUCGUAGAGAUGAGAACGGGAGGAAGAGAAUGCUGAGCACUGAAGACAUGGCAGUUUUUUACAAAGACUUCUUGGAAAAGAACUGCACCAAACACUCCAAUUAUAACAAGGAAUGGUAUAAACGCAACUUCACCAUCACCCUUCUCAUGGGGAGAGUGGUCCUUCACAGGGCCUGGCGGAGACUGAAGGGGAGAUGGAGUGGCCCCUCGCUGACAUAAUUCUCAAUAAAGUUUGUGCCUGCACACUUACUGCCUGCUUGGAUUGUGUCUGAUGAGGAGUUUGAUGACUUCAAGAGGACAGCAUGGGUAUUUUCACAACAAAGGACAAAAUUUUGUGUGAAUGCAUAUAGAUUAAAUGUCUCUUAAAACUUUU